AUGGCGGCGAAACGGAAGACCACCGUCAUCGCUCGGGCAAGCGUACUAUGUUUACUGUUGUUGAGCCUGAUGGUCGCAUAUGACCUGUUUUCGGGGCGUGAAUACCUUGACAUCGCGUACAAGCCAUUCCGGGGGGCAGGACCAACAGAGAAAGCGCACGGAACAUCCCCACACAAUGAGGCUAAUCAGACGAACACCGCCGUAACACCGCCGGCGAUCGCGCCGUCGCAGACGCCACUUCCCCCGAUACCGACGCCACCGCCGGUGCCAUCCCCAGACGAUGGCGGCGGAGCCAGCUCCACAGUGCCGGACGCCAACCCGGAGCACCUCAAACACGCACCGCGCUACAUCACCUCGAUCCUUGACCCAGACGACAAAUCUUUGCCUAGGCUGGACUGUCCCCGCCCCGACAUCUCACGCUACCAGUACCUCAAGCCCGGUAUCAUGCUCAAGAAACCCAAAUUCUUCAUCGCCCUCAACAUACGAGAGAAGGCGGACCUCCUCCCGCGACUCCUAGGCUCCAUCGUCGAGGCCCUCCACUUCUUGGGCCCAGAGAACUGCGUUCUCUCGAUAGUGGAAGGCAACUCGGGCGACGGCACCUACGAGAUCCUCCACCUCCUCCGCCCUGAAAUCGAGAAGCUCGGCACCGAAUAUCACUUCUCCCGCAGCGACCUCGACCCCGGCGUGGGAGACCGCAUCCCCAAACUCGCCGAGCUGCGCAACAUGGCCAUCGCGCCCCUCGUCUCCGGCGGGCCAGGCAAGUACGCCGCCGACGCCGUCGUCCUCUUCCUCAACGACGUGGCCAUUUGCCUAGAAGACAUUCUCGAACUCGCGCACCAACGUUUAUACCUGGGCGCCGACAUGACGUGCGGCUUCGACUGGACCUACGUCGGCCCCGACCCGACCUUUUACGACGUGUGGAUUAGCCGCACCAUCGCGGGCGACUCCUUCUUCGAGAUCCCGGCCGACGGCAACUGGAACUCCGCGUGGAACAUCUUCUGGAACGAGGAUACUUCGCGCCGGCGCUUCUUCGACCACAAGCCGCUGCAGGUCUUCUCGUGCUGGAACGGGGCCGUGGCGAUGACGGCGAGGCCGUUGCUCGAUCGGCUUGUCACUUUUCGGGCGCCCGGGCCGGGAGAGUGUUUCCAGGGCGAGCCGCAGCUUUUCUGCAAGGAUCUGUGGAGCGCCGGGUUCGGCAAGAUUGCGGUGGUGCCGAGCGUCAAUCUGGAGUACAGCGACGAGGCCGGGAGGAAGAUUAAGGCGGCAAAGGGGUAUACCAGUCAGUGGGUGGGAGGCGAGGAUGAGGUGCAGGAUUUCAGGGUGGAUUGGAAGGCUGAUCCGCCUGAGAAGGUGAAGUGUAUGGCCAGCUACGAUAAGCAGACGUGGGAGCCCUGGAACCAGGCGCUGGAGUAA